UAAAUAUUAAUUUUAUUUUUUUAAUGUAAAGGGUUUUUUUUUUUAAUUUAAUGAUUUUUGCCCUCAUUAAUGGGUUUUGUUUGCUACGUGUUUUCUAUACAAAAUAUUUUUUUACAUUCCAUCAAAACGUUAUUAUUUAUACUAAAAUAAUGCUAAUAAAAUUAAAUUAGUAUUUAGAAAAAUAUUUUUCUAAUUUUUCCUACGUUCAUCGAAUUUAUCUAAAAACAUUUGUCGAAUGGUUCCUGCAGGUCAUUUAUUCCCCAAUAAUAAGCCGUUAUGUACCGUUGAAAAUGAAACGUAUGAAAAUACUGCAAUGGACCCAUCUUUUAGUGCCUUCCAUCCUACUUCCAAUCAAGAAAGAACGCUGACGGAAAAUUCGUCUUUCGAGUGCGAUUCGCAGAACACACAUUUUCUUCAGGAUAUUCGAAAAACAUGUGAGAGGUCUUUGCAUCCGAAUUGCUCUUUUCAACAAGAACAUUUGUUAACAAAAGCGUCAAAUUGUUCAAUUGAUUCUGACCACUCCUUUUUAAAGAAUGAAGAACAAAAUAAUAGUCCUUCGCAAAUUUUAAAAAAUCAUCUUAAGCGUCCUUCGCCGUCCGUUGCGGAUAAGCCAUUAUUCAAGUUUUUACAUGAACAAACACCACAUGAGACUUUGAACGUAUCGAAUCAAUCUUUUAAUCGAUCUGAAGAGGGAUCCAAGCAAGUGCUGCAUAUAUGUGAAACGACGAUUCGCUGCAAUAGUCCGUUUCUUGAAAAAAAAUCUUGUCGUACCUCACAUGAAACAGAAGCUUUGACGUGCUCUGAUACAAAUCGACUCAAAACUCAAACAACAAGCCCUAUACCAACUUGUCAUACCUUGGAAAACGAUUCUUCAGAAGCUAAAAAUACAAAUUCACUUUACGACAUAUCGCAACACACAACUUUUGCUUCUCAUUAUCCUUUAACAGCUUCAACAUCAAUAGAUGUCAUUUCAUUAGGAAACAAAAAUUCGAUUGCUGGAAGAAAUUUUGAAGAAAGUCGUUGCCACACAGUAUCAGACGAAUUCCGAGUUCACGUGGAACAAACCGGAGAUACAACUUGUCAAAUCAAUAAUUCAGCAUUGUUAAAACAAAUGGUGGCUUGCUCUGAUAAGGCAGAUGACAAGAAAUUAUUAUCUAAUUGUAAUGAGUCAUCUCAUGUUCCAUAUCAACAUAUCUUACCUCCCUCAUGUAAUACUUCAUCCGUUGUGAAUGUGUAUGAUGCAUGCCGUUCAUCUUAUGAAGAAUCAUCAAAUCCAACAGUAACAUUUCCUCCGCAUCCGUUUCCAACAAAUUCUUUACUUGAUUUUAAUGAGUAUAUGUAUCAAAGUUAUGGACCAUCUUUUUCGUUAGCAGCUCAAGAUGCACUUAAAAAUACAGUGCUUAAAAGCGACGUCCACUGCCAUGAAUCGCCUACUUUAACGGAAAGCCAUCCAUCUUCUACAUGUUUACCAUACGUGCUCGAUAGUUUCCAUGAUUCCAAGCAUUUAAUAGAUCGACAUGAAAGAACAAAAGAUGCAUCAUCAUUGUUACAAUGUGAUUCGAAUAAAACCUUUAAAGCUUCAUGUGGGCCAAAUAAAUUUUUUUCAUUGCCUAUGAAUGAAAAUGUAUGCAGCUGGUCUAAUAAGCGACCGAGAGGUCGACCGAGAAAAUAUCCUUUGAACGACAUGUCAAAAAAAUCGUUGGAAGACGAAAUGUCGUCUCUGGAUGCCACGGCUCAUCCUACAAAUGCUUUAGAAGAAAAUACAACAGUUUCGUUUAAAACGAAAUUAGAUUCGCUUCAUUCAUGUAAUGAAGCAUUGGGACAAAAGAGUUCAUCUCAAUUUGAUUCUUCCCUUUUUUCAUUUUCAAAACAUUUAUAUAAAAAAGCUUUCCGUUGUCUUCAAAGUUUACGAGAUCUUCAGCACACUGCUUGUUCUGAAUCACUUCAACAACUUGAAGCAUUUCCUUCUCAAGAUGAUAUUUCCGAAGAAUAUGUUGCUUUAGGUGGACCUUUUACAAAUUUAGCUAUCGCACUGAGUAUACAAGAAGAACAUUCACUCCUUUUAAAACCAACGCAAUUCCAAACGUGUCAAGAUGCUUCUUCCACUAUCUUACAACGUUUCAAGCACAGCAUUCAACAAUUAGCUGUUAAUUUAACUGCAUCCUUUGUUUGGUCUUCUUUUGAUUCUCGAAUUCCUGUAAGGGAUAUAGCAGCAUCUCGAUAUCAUUUAAUAGCUUUACUUAACGAUAGCCGUGUUUUUGUGUAUCGUCACAAAACACACCCCUUAGUGACAUCACGAGUGAAUGAAUGGGAACAUGUUGAGAUAUUAGAUAAUUGUGCCAUUGUCUCUGUUCGUAUAGCCUCUGCAAACUUACCUGAAGAUUGGAGAGAAAAAUAUCACUCAAUAAAACGUCUUGAAAUAAUUAAAUCGAUUCGUCAAAAACUUCAGCUAAACAAUAUAGCCUUUCCUAGCAACGUGACCAUAUCUUCAAACGAUAUCACCAUGGAAGAGCUGCGAUUUUUCAUAGAGCAUGAUCCACAAGGCAUUUUAUGCUGCCCGACGGCGUCCUUCAAUCCUGAUUGGCUUCCGGAUCCCUUUGUUAUUGCAGCUUUAGACCGGUGUGGUACCGUACGCAUCGCCAAAUGUUUUGGUUUUUUUAAUUACCCUAUUGUACAAAAAGUCGCGGUCAACUCACCCCUUCAUAAUUUGACUCCUCUUCAAGGACAUCCAACUUUGCCAAACACUACGUUGAACCAAGAUUCGUAUAAUAAUAAUAAUUAUUUCAUCCCUUUUUUAUCUCAACCAUUUCCUAAUUCCUUAUUAAAUGAUACCGAUAUAAAUGUUUAUUCAGAUGGCUUUGAAAAUUUUUCUUAUUCGAUUAUAAAGAAUUUGGUUGCUGUUAAUCAUCUAGAGAAACAAAUUAAACUUUCAGUUCCUCUUGAAAAGCUGGACGAGCAUGGUGAUACUCAGAAAGUUGUUGCCGAGGUUCAAGAAAUAGCUCUAGCAGAAUUAACAGAAGAUUCUUUAUUAUGUUCAGAAGGUUCUAGUCCUGAGGUGGCUAUGAUACUGUAUGCUUUAGCUAAAGAUGAACACUCAGCUUUUGUUAAAGGAAAGAAUUUAUACAUUCGAUUUAAAAAUUUUCCAACUGGACCAACAAAAAUUUAUUGCGGACCUCUUGGUCAUUGUGGUUCCGUUCUUUUAGCUGACGGUACUGUAUGGAUGUGGACGGCUAAAGAAAAACUUAAUGGAUCAUCUGAGGAUAAAUUAGGUGUUCUGAUUUAUCAGGUACAAGGAAGCUUACAGAAGAAAGUGGUAAUCGAUGUUGUUGGUAUAGGCGCUGACUUUUUAGCUUUAACAACAGAUGGUGUGGUUCAUGAAUGGAAUUGUUAUGAUCCUUACAUUUCAAAACGUCUGAAGGAUACAACGAUUCCACAAAGCGUCUUUCGCCCUAAAAUACCGGAACCAAUUGAACUAACCCCGACAUUUCAAAAAAAACUUUUAGAAAGACGUGUUAUUCAUGAUUUCAUCUAUAAAAUCGGCACUUUCUCAUCAGGAGAUCCUCAAGCAAGUCAUUUAACAUCGUCCCAAACACAACCAGACUCCGUAGAUACUUGUACUGUAUCAGAACCUUCAUUAUCAACAUUUGAUUAUGAUUUAAUGCAUUCGAGCGGGUUUCAAAAAAAAGAACAAAAUUUAAAUACAACCGGUCCCCAGAAAUCGAACGAAAAUACUGACGUUUCAAAUAACGUCAACAAUGCAACAAAAGAAAAUUUUUUUGAUGCGUUUCUUCCGCCUCCGCUACCCUCAGAGACUCGUAAUUAUCUUUUAUGUGAAAAAAAAAAGUUAUCUUCUCGAAAUGAAAAUAAAAGCAUAGAUGACAAUAGUUAUAUGAAAGAAAACAAUUGGGAUCUUACAGAUUACACAAGUGAAGCAAUUUUAGAGAAACGGCGUCAGUAUGAAAUCAAAAAUCGCUAUCUAAAAGUACAAGAUAUUCAAAGAAAUACACCUGACUUAAUAGAAAGAAUUUUUCUAAUGGAAGGAGUCACUUUUUUUUUAAGGGGAAGUUCUUGCCAAUAUUCUUAUAUUCUUAAUGAUCUUGGAAGUUACCGAUCGGGAAAAUAUGAAAGAUGGCGAGAUGUUUUUUCGUCAGGUGAAAACAAAAUUUUCAAUAAAAACCACGCUGAAUGUUUUUUACGUACAUUUAAUCAUCUUGGCAAACCUCUCAGUACAAAUCCAGUUGUCUUAGCACGUCUGAAAUUAAAAACAACAGAAAAUCAUAUUGAUCAACAACUUCGUGAAGAAUUGAGAACGAUGGCGGAUGCAAGACCUCCAACGUAUCGAGUAGUAUGUUCACCUACUUCACUUUUAGUAGGUAUAUUACGUCGCUUCAAUUUUACAGCUGAAGCACGUCAGCGCAUUUUCCAACCUUUGCCGGUACUUGUUGCGGCGCACAACCCUAAUCUGUAUGUAGAAGCAUUUUCCGGAGUUCGUUUAGAAGGUUUUCAUUUACCUCUUCUUUCAAAAACUUCCUUAUCUCCAACAACGUCUUUUAAUAACGAUAUGGGUAGUAUGUAUUAUAAUGAUAGUGAUGAUGGUGAUGAUCAGGGAAGUAUAAUGACAGGAAGAAAAAUAAUGCAAAGGCGUGGUCGUGGUAGAGUUGGAAGACCUAGAGGUUCUCGAUCAUCCCAAAGAACAUCACUUUCAAGUCAAAGGCAACGCGGCUCCCAUUCGAAUAAAAUUCUAACAAAUAAUGUUAUAGACAGCAGUAAAGAUAUAACUAGAGGGGAUGCUUUGUCACUCGCUGAACCGACACCAGAACUACGGAAAAAACAUCGAAACGAAUCCGAUUCCCAUGUAGACGAUGUUCAACCACAAUUUUUGUCCACAAAAUUUCCGACAAAUGAAAAAAAAACUGAAUAG